CAGAGUGAGACCUCUUCGCUCUAAAACAUCCCAGUGACCAAAAACAACACCAUCGUGCUGCGGAAGAACUGCCGAUUUAACGCUAAUUUAUCGCAAAUUUAACAGAUAACGAACAUAUUUUAGACCUCAGAGAUCUGUGUCAUCGUGUCCUGUGACACCAAGCAGCGAUGGCGGAUCAGAAUCUGAAGGCGAAGUUGAAGCAGCGUCUGAAGCAGGAAAAGAUCCAACUGUGGAUUCCUCCGUACACCGAGGACGACAACCAGCCGGGAACCAAACACAUGCAGGACCUGGCAGAGCAGAUCGCCCCCCCGCUGUGUUUGGGGGUGCAGGAGGUGGGUUCUGCUCUGGAGGGGAUCCGGCUGCAGGCGGUGAACCGGUGGAGAGGAAACCAGACGUUCAGAGAGACGAGCGUCGCCUCCGUGGAGCUGCUGCUGCCCAGAGACUCCAAGAAGGAUCCAAAGACAAAGAACUACCUGGAGACGAGGCUGGACGUGUUGGUACAGGAAGUGGUGGACAGGAUUGGAGAAGAGUACGGCUUGAAGUUUAUCAAACUGAUCCUCAACGGGAAGACUCUGUCUGCAGACCAGCGGCUGGACAUGCAGGGUGUGAGGAACCACAGCAAGGUGAUGGUGCUGAAGGUGAGCGACGCCGAGUGGAAGCAGCAGCAGAGCGAGGAGGAGGAGAAGAACCAGAGCCAGAGCGAGAGCCUGCAGAGGACCGAGAAGGGCUUCCAGAUCCUGUCCGAGAGAGGUGCACACACUCAAACUCACACUCACACACACUCACACUCACAGACAUGUAAACGUGUGUGUGUGUUUGUGUCAGACGGCAGUGAGGACACACUGUCUCCGUUCCUGGAGAUUGCCGACCAGAGAGGAAACCCUCUGAACAUCCCUCACCAGGAGAAAAAGGUACACACACUUCACACACACACUAUGAUGUUUAUAAUCAAAUACAAUGAUGGACUGUGUGUGUGUGUGCGUGCGUGUGUGUGUCAGGCUCUGAUCCUGGCGAUGGGUUUCCAUGAGAAGGGGCGCGCUCUGAUGAAGAAGAAGCAGUUUGAUAACGCUCUGUGCCAUCUGCUGCAGGCCGACCAGCAGUUCAGUAGGUGUGGCUCGGAGCUGCUCUCCUCGGUGGAUAACUUCGCCGUGCUGCAGCUGGACAUCGUGUGGUGCUACCGGGCCCUGGAGGCGCUGUCCUGCCUGGAGGACGGGAAGCUGCGCCUGCAGAGGGCCGAGGACUGCUUCCUGCGGUGCUAUGGGGAGCAGCAGCAGAGGCUGCGCAUGAUCAAGGGGAACUCUGGCAGAGAGGAGGUGCUGUUCCUCCGGCUCUACCUCCUGCAGAGUCUCCUCUCCUAUCUGGAAGGAAACGACGCUCAGGCUCGACAGCAGCUCUCCAAGGUGGAGGUUCUGUCCGGCCGUCUCUCUCUGGACUCGGAGAAGAUGUCUCAGCUUGUCUCUCUGGGCUUCACUGACCGGGAAGCUCGACUCGGACUGAGAGCGACGCAGGGAGACCUGCAGGAGGCCGUCACACACAUCACCAACCAGAGACAGGAGCGAGAGGAUCUGCAGCAGCGGGAGCGUCAGAAGAGGCGCCGGAGGUCGGAGGGCGUCUCCACGCUGACGGAGCUCGGCUUCUCCCGCAGAGACGCCUCCCGGGCACUGCAGCUGACUGACGGAGACGUGGACGCUGCGUACCAGAUCCUGCUGGACUCCAAGGCUGCAGAGAACAACAACAACAACACAGAGGGGGGACUGAGUCCAGAGGGGGUGGACCAGCUGCUGUACAUGGGCUUUGAGAGGAGCGCCUCUGAGACGGCUCUCGCCAUGACGGGGGGGGACGUCCAGGCGGCGACUCAGCUGCUGCUCGACAACCAGGGCGUACUCCCCCCCGAAGUGCUGUCUCCCCCCUCCACCUCAUCCUCCCCCUCUGAGGAGGAGGAGCCCAGCAACUCCUCCAGCUCCACAGCGGACAGCGAGCUGGUGAGCGAGGUCUUGCAGGAUCUGUCCCGGCACGAGGAGGACUACCUGGACCUGACGCUGGAGGAGGAGAACGAGCUGAUCCAGACCAUGAAGAGAUACCUGAGCUGCACACACACCGUCUGACAGAAACACACACACACACACACACACACACACACACACACACACACACACACACACACACACUUGAAGCAAUAACUGUUGUUUGAGUGCCAAAGCUGCAGAAGUAGUGAGAUGUAUUCUUUAUAAAAUCACACUUUAGUUUAUUUUCAGCACUAAUUCUGCAAAGUUAAAGCCAUAUUUUUUAGUUUGAAACUGAAACGUUCACACUAUAUUUAUAAUUAUUCGGCACUUUUUCUCGUGAUUAUAUUUUUUUAUGACUAAAGCUGCUUGAAGUGAUUUUUGUUGUGUUCAGGAAAAUGUUUGUUGUUGUUUUGACGACAAUAAGUGAGUUUUAUGUUCUUGACGUUGCAGCGUUUUGUGAAAAUUAAAUAUUGUUGUAUUUAAUAAUUCCAUGUUUAUGUUGAAGGGAAAAAAUAAAGAAAAAUAAGGUUU